GUUUGAAUGGUGGUCGUAACCCCUUUGAAGGCCGUGUGGAGAUCCUGACAGAGGUCAACGGUACGAUGAAGUGGGGCACAGUGUGCGGCGAGCAUUGGAGACUGACCGAGGCUAUGGUCGUGUGUCGACAACUGGGGAAAGGCUUUGCCAACCAUGCACUGCAGGAAACCUGGUACUGGCAGACUGACCAUACCACAGACAACGUUGUCCUCAGUGGGACCUCCUGCUCUGGAACAGAGCUGUCGAUCUUGCAGUGUUCGCAUCACCGUGACUAUGUCGAGUGCUCGCGAGGUGGGGGGCGUUUUGCUGCUGGAGUCAUCUGUGCCGAGUCUCUUCCUGACCUUGUCCUGGAUGCCCAACUUGCCCAGGAGUCUGCCUACCUGGAGGAUCGGCCCCUCCACAUGCUGUACUGUGCCCAUGAGGAAGGCUGCCUUUCGAAGUCAGCGGACUCUAUGACCUGGCCGCACGGUCAUCGCCGGCUGCUCCGUUUCUCGUCACGGAUACUCAACAUCGGACGGUCAGACUUCAGGCCCAGGGCGGGGCGACAUGCCUGGGUCUGGCACAGCUGCCACGCACACUACCACAGCAUGGAGGUCUUCACUCACUAUGAUCUCUUGACCCUGAACGGCAGCAAAGUUGCAGAAGGGCAUAAAGCAAGCUUCUGUCUGGAAGACUCAGACUGUGAAAGAGGCAUCUACAAGCGAUAUGCCUGCGCCAACUUUGGGGAGCAAGGUGUUACUGUGGGCUGCUGGGAUCUCUACCGCCAUGACAUUGACUGUCAGUGGAUAGAUAUUACUGACGUUAAGCCAGGAAACUAUGUCUUUCAGGUCCACAUCAAUCCCAAUGCAGAGGUGGCUGAGUCGGAUUUCUCAAACAACAUGGUGAGGUGCCGAUGUAGAUAUGAUGGCUUCCGGAUCUGGAUGUAUGGGUGCCACACAGGUGAUGCCUUCAGCGCUGCAAUUGAAGACCAGUUUGAGCAUCAGCUGGCCUUGUCCAACAAUGUGUCCUAAGGGUGGAAACAUCACUUAUAAUACCAGGCAAUACCUCGGACCUCCUGCUCUGGAUCUGUACCCUGGUCUCGUUCAGGAUCGGACUUGGACUAUCACAUGAGGGAAGGGUUUUACAAACCAGCCCGCUGAACGGGACUCUGGAGUACAAUCCCAUCAUGCACUAGGAACUUGUGGUCAUGUCCCGAUAUAACUAGGUGCUUGAGGGCCCCCUUGAUUUUUAGCACCAGGCGAAGGAAAUGAGUGAUAGCAAAUCGAACAUCGGUCCACCCCUUCCCGUUUUUCUUCGCCCGAUGAGAAAAGUUAAUCGUAAGCCCCUUUGUGUGUGUGGUUUAUUUUUCUUUUGUUUUCAAAUUUUGAUCAAAGCUGAUCUCAUAAUGACAAUACUUGUACAUUGAAAUAUUGGAGGAUAUUUUUUGAAAGAUCUAUAUAAAUAUAUAAUAAUAAACAAAAGGGAAUGUACGUGGUGUUCCAUCUGUUAUAAUCUUAACUCUCUUUGGGCUCUGUUUACUCUUUGCUGUAUUGAGUGAUGUGAUGCUGUUGUCUGGAAAACUGAAGUCACAAGGUUAACGGAGUUAAAUUCCUGGUAAUACAGUCACUGUUGCAUAAAAGGGGAUAUUUAGACACAUGCUGUUUCUCCACCAUUCUGGAUGGCAAUGUAUAAUUGCUAGUGCUCUCACACAAGUGUUACAGUAACCCAUUGUGUCUGUACUAGCUCUACAAAUGAUCAUCAUUCCCCAGUGCCUGUCUCCUGUCUUUUCCCCAUAACCUUCCACACUACUUCAGUCCAAAUAAUUAUCCAGUGCCCUCUUGAAUGCCUCAACUGAACCUGUCUCCACCAUUCUGUUCUAUUUUGUUGUCCUCUAUGUAUACUGAGAGGACAGUUUAGCUCAGACAGCUAAUGUGUGAUUCAGAUUAAUGCCACUAAUGUGGGUUCAGUUCCUUUCUCUGCCCUGAGAGUGGAAGGCAGAAGCAAACCGCCACUGACUGAAAACUGCCCAUCAAACAGGAGGAGAUCUACCAGGAUGUUGUCUGGGAUAGAGCACUUUAGCUAUGGAGGGAGGCUACAUCAGCUCAGCUUGUUUUCUUCGGAACAGAGAAGGCUGAAGGGGGUCCUAAUUUGAGGUGUGUAAGAUAUAAGACAGUCGAUAGAAAGCAGCCGUUCCCUUUAGUUGAAGGGUCAGUAACAAGGGGGCAUCAUCUUAAGGCGAAAGGCAGAAAGUUUAGAGGGGAUUUGAGGAAAAGCAUUUUCACCCAGAGGGUGAUGGGAAUGUACUUCCUGGGAUGGUAUUUGAGGCAGGAAACCUCACAACCUUUAACAAGUACUUGAACACCCAAAAUGUCACAACAUCAUUCAAUGCUAUGGGCCUAGUACUGGAAUAUGAGGUUUUUUUUGUUGAUGCUUUCUUUUGUUGGUGCAGACUUGAUGGGCCAAAGGGCCUCCUCUGUACUAUACGAGUCUAUGGUGAAACCACUCGGGAUGAAGCAGCAACAACAAUGGAACAUGCUUCAGGUAAAGCAUGUGUGCUGUGUGUAGUGACUGCUCAGCUAUCUCCUCAUGCACUUUGACCUUCAGCUGUUUUUACAUAGCACACCAUGCUCAGCAGGAAGUGUAAUUCCACCCUGUUUAUCAGUUUAGGUUUUCACUGCUUCAAAGACAAUGUGAACGUGCAAACUAGACAGUGAUCUCCAGUGACCCUGCUCUAAAUACACAGGGGUCUUGAAGUUCUUGACGAGUCGGUCAUGAGUGGGUUAAUGCAGUCAUUUCAAAUUGCUGUUUUAACACGUGUCAGAUAACACCUUUGUUAAAACGAUGGAUAAUGGGAUUGUUCUCAUUCUUUGGCAUAUAGGCAUGGCUGGCACUGAUCAAGCAAACGCACUGUUAUCAGCUACACGCCUGUAGAUAUGUAGUCACAUAAUAGCAGACUCCCUGCUCUGAAGGGCACCAGUGAACAUGAUGCGUUUUUAACAGCGAUUGUAGAAUCACUACAGCGUGGAAGCAGGCCAUUUGGCCCAUCAAGUCCACACCAACACUCGAAAGUGUCCCACCCAGACCCCACAUUCUACCCAAUCCCCGUGACCCUGCAUUUACCACGGCUAAUCCACCUAAGCGGCACAUCAUUGGGCCACGGGAGGAAGCGGGAGCACCCAGAAGAAAUCCACACAGACACAUGGAGA